AUGAAAGCUUUGAAAUACACCAAGCCGGAGGAGUACUCCGUCGUUACUGUGCCUCUGCCAAAGAUGCGCGACAACGAUGUCUUGAUUAAAGUCAAAGCUUGUGGUGUUUGUGGAACCGACUUGCACAUUCAUGAAGGAGAAUUCAUUGCGAAGAUUAGCGUGUUAUCACUAAUUUUCGUUUCAGGACACGAGACUGUUGGUGUUGUUGCUGCCAUUGGAAAGGAUGUGAAGGAUUUCAAGGUCGGCGAGCGUGUUUGCGCAGACAACUCUGAACUGUGCAAUGAAUGCUUCUACUGCCGUCGUGGACAGCUCUUGCUCUGCGAACACUUCGAGGCACACGGUGUCACUAUGGAUGGUGGCUUUGCAGAAUAUUGCGCUUAUCCUGCCGGAAAGGUCUUCAAGCUCCACAACCUUUCUGACGUCGAUGCAACUCUCCUGGAACCAGCUUCAUGUGCUGCUCACGGCCUUGACAAGAUCUCACCCAAGCUUGGCUCCUCCGUUCUUAUGUUUGGAGCUGGCCCAACUGGAUUAGUCCUUUCACAGAUGCUAAGACAGAAUGGUGGUUGCCACGUUGUUGUUGCUGCUCCCAAGGGAUUAAAGAUGGACUUGGCCAAGAAGCUCGGUGCUGGUGAUGUCUAUGUCGAACUUUCGCGAGAGAACCCCGAGGCUCAAUUCGAGAAACUUAAGGCCGACAACCCAUAUGGUUUCGACAUUGUCGUCGAGGCCACUGGAUCUCCAAAGAUUCUCGAAGAUGCUAUCAACUACGUUAGACGUGGCGGAAAGCUUGUCGUAUACGGAGUCUACUCAGCCUCAGCCAAAGUUUCUUGGCCCCCCAGCAAGAUCUUCGGUGACGAAAUUACCAUCCUUGGAUCGUUCUCUGAGACUUACAUGUUCCCCGCUGCUCUCGAUUACCUUGACUCUGGCAAGGUCAAGGUUGAAGGUAUUGUGAACAAGACCUACAAACUCGAGCAAUGGGGCGAGUGUUUGGAGGCUAUGAAGAACAAGAGCGCAAUCAAGGCUGCUAUUGUCUUCGACUAAUUCGUCACACUACAUACGAUGCUUGUUUUCGAAUACGAUCACAAUGCGAUAGACUAGAGAAUUACUAGAUGCGCUCAGUAUGAAAUAUCAAAUUCGUUCAUUCUCAUUGAUGCAACAUGUAAAUAUGCUGUGAAUCCGGACUAGAGAGUGCUAGAUGCUAACGACUUCAUGGAAUCUACGAGGAAAUUGUGAGAAGGUAAACAUAUUCUAUGGUCCAGAUACCUGGGCAUGUGAUUGAAGGAUUUGAAUCCCAAGUGAAUGAUUGUGCAUUUUGCACAUUUCGCGCGAUGUGCGCUGUUCGCGAUAUUUCAAGAGAGAUUGUUUGCCAAUUGCACAUGAGAAAAAGAAACUGUUCGUCGUUCAAGAAGUAAGAGUUCAAGGUUAGCGAUGAGCUUUUCGAC